AUUUAGUAUGUUUUUGGCGACUUUGCUAGGAAGUUUAUAUUUUUUUAUAGUUCACGGUAAUUUAAUGUUACAAUAUUGUCUAUAAAUUACGUAUUAAAAAACUGAUGAUUAGUCAUUGUGAGUUUAUGAUUAUUGUAAAAAUAACAUUAUGACACAAGAAAAAGAAUUUUAGUGUCAAUUUUUUUUUUUAUAGAAUAUAACAAUAUCUAAGUUAAUAAUUAUUGGUGUAAAUCCCAAAAUAAAAAGGAAUAUAAGAAUACUAAUAGUACACUCAAAUAAUAUUGUAAUAAAAAAGUAAGAAAAAAUAGAAAAUUUAGAAUUUAUUAAGUGAUUAUUAAAUAUAAAUCAGUUUGUAUCAUAAGGUACCUACCUACAUAAUAAUAAUUAUUAUAAAGUUUUAAUGUCAAAACUAUUAAUAAAAUAGAGAUAGAGAGAUAAACUAUCACGAUUUCCUAUAACAAUUGAAAAAUACUUUUUACGUUUGGAGAGCAUUACAAAAAAAUUGCUGCUUUUUUUUUGUUUGAGGAUACUAGGUCAAUCAUUUUGUGCAUUGUGCAUAUUAUAACGGUUACUUGGGUGACGUUUCCAAAACGCAGUUGAAAUGUCCAAAUUCACUCAAAUUCAGUUGGUUUUAGCAAUUCUAAUUGCUAUUUCAAACAAAGCGAACUCAUUUACUAAAUACGGUCGUGGUUGUCAAGAUAUAGGAUGUUUACCAAAUCAAGUUUGUGUAAUGGCACAAGAUUCUUGUAAUUUAGGACAACGUGAUGGAAAAGAAUGCGGAUCUUAUCCAACAUGUAAAAACACUGGUGCAGCGAAACCACCAGUCUCGGAUAUAGAACACAAGCCAACAUUUAAUACAAAUGCAAACGCUGAUAACAAUUCUCCCUAUGGUGGUAGCAAUAGUGGUAAUACUCAAAGUAAUGGUGGCUUAUAUCCUUCGCUUCCAAAUCAAAAUAAUAUGCAAGGUGGAAGUUAUUAUCCUGGUGUUAAUCCAGGUGGUUAUGUACCACCUGGUUAUAAUCCAUCACAAGGUGGUGGACAAUCCCCAUACUAUGGUAAUGGUGGUUAUCAACCUCAACCAAAUAAUAAUAAUGGAGGAAAUCGUCCGGCAUAUAACGGCGGCGGUGGAUAUAGUGGAGGUGGAUCUGGUGGAUAUAGUGGAGGAGCUGGAGGCGGUGGAUACAGUGGUGGUGGUGGAUAUAAUCGUGGAGGUUAUAGUGAUCCUUCUGGUGGUCAAAAAGAUAAAGGAAAUGGAUUUUUAACUGGAAUUUUACAAAAUCCACAUGUUAGUUCAGCUAUUUCAGGUAUAAUUGCUGGUCAAAUACAAAAAGCUAUUACUGGCAGAAAUGAACCUAAUCAACCUAAUAGAGGAGGAUAUAACGAUGGGUACGGUGGUGGGGCUGGUACCGGCAGUAGUGGAAGUAGUGGUGCAGGUAAUUUGAUAGGUGGUCUUAUUAGUGGUUAUUUAAGUGGAGGAGGUGGAAGUUCUUCUCAAAAUAGAGGUUCAGGGGGUUCAGGGGGUGGAUUAGGAUUUAUUGGAGAUUUGAUAGGUGGUGGUGGUAGCAGUUCUAGUAAUCGUGGAGGUGGUGGUGCUGGUGGAGCUAUAAGUGAUUUCUUCAGUUCAAAGAAUCGUGGUGGACUUUUUAGUGAAAAUCCUAGUUCUAAUACAAAUUCACAUCAACAAUAUUCCUCAGCCAAGAAAGACUAUCCUACACAACCACCAUACAAUUAUAAUUAUAAUGGAUAAACUUUUUAUACCAAAAUUAUCUUGAAUAUUUUUAAAUAAACAUUAUGAAUGUAGAUUUUAAUUUUUUACAAAAUGAUUAGUUUCCAAAUAUUUUAUUCCAUUUUUUUUUUAAGAAAUCUCUGCAGGUAAAAUCUUUUUUUAAAAUAAAUUCAAGUAAAAUUAUAUUCAAAAAAUACUAUUAAAAAACUUAAUAAAAAUAUUUUAAAAUAAUAAAAUAAUAAUUACAUAAUAAGAAAAAUAUUGAAAAAAAAAAAUUAGUACAUAUUUUUGCAUGUAUUUAAAGUUUUUGUAAUCACAAAAUAUGUUUAAAAAAAGUUGCUUUCAAAUAUUUUAUCAAAAAAACCUUGUAUUUUGAAUUGUACAUUUAUUGUAGUUGUAGCAUAGAUAAGUGAAAUAGUACUAAUCUAUGGUUAUAGUAUAUAAGAAAAUAUAUUAAAAUAAUAUUUAAAAUGUAAUAAAAUUGACAUGACAUUGUUAAAAUAAAAAA